AUGCCCAAGUUUGUCCCCCGCCAGCGAAAGCAAAAGCACAAGCAAAGGGAGGCAACAACCGCCCCGGUAGACACCAAUGUUGCCGAACUUGCGCCCGUCUCCAAGGAUGAGAAGGAGGCUAAGCGGCAGAAGCUAAAAGAAGAAUUGCGAGCACAGCAUGCUCAGGUUUCUUCCAAGAAGCAGAAGCGCUUGGACAAGUAUAUUGAAAACAAGCUAAAGAAAGAAGAGAAUCUUGAGCUGCUAAAAAAGCUCGCGGAAUCCAAGGUUGAUACCUCGUCUCUCCAGAGCUCUAGGGAAUUAGGAAAGCGCAAGCGACAAGAUGAAGUACCAGCCGUAUCUAGAACUGCGGAACCCGACUCCCGCCUUGAUCAGGACCUUGACCUCUCGGACGAUGAUUCGGACGAUUCGUUGCCCCAAUUGAAGACCACUGUUAGCGCAUCUAAAUCUGAAGCCCCCGCGCAAAAACCCGCAGAGAAUCCAGCGAUCGGUAUCGGGUUAAAGCGCCCUCUGGAACUCGGUCCAGAUGGAUUCCCGGUUCUCAAGAAGCGAAAGCAGGUUUCGAAGAAACCCGAGAUAACGAUCACGAUGCCAGAAGUACCGUGGGAAGGCUUUGGCUCGGAUGAGGAUCAAGAUGAAGACGAGAAGUCUGAAGAGGGCGAAGAUGAAGAUUCGGAGGGAACAUCCUCCGAUGGCUCAAGCGAUGAGGGAAGCGAGAGUGAUGGCGAGGAAGAAGAGGACGAUGAAGACGAUGAUGAAGAGAGCGAAGAAGACGAAGACGAGGAAGACAAAGAGGAAGAGAAGCAUAAAGUGGGCCAACCUCGACAAUCUGCCUUCAAAUCUUGGGCCAGGCAACAGAUCAAUGAUGCCAUCGGUUUCAAGCCUACCACUGUUCCAGUCGUCGAGGAGCAGCCCUUCAUCCCGGAACGCAAGAAGCCAGUCAGGAAUACCGUUGCCGAGGAAGAACCCUUACCCUUGGAACUUCAGGUCACCACAGGUGAUCCUAACCGGAAAGCCUUUAGUGUCCAGGUUAACCGGUCAGAGGAAAUACAAAAUGCACGCUUGGGUCUGCCGGUUGUUGGCGAGGAACAGAAGAUCAUGGAAGCAAUCUACAAUAAUUCCUCGAUCGUUAUAUGGGGAGCCACCGGUUCCGGAAAGACAACCCAGCUUCCCCAGUUCCUCUUCGAAGCGGGCUAUGGUAACCCGGACAGCCCCAAUCCAGGCAUGAUCGGAGUGACUCAACCGCGCCGAGUCGCAGCAGUCAGUAUGGCGAAGCGUGUAGGCGAAGAACUGGGCGAAUUCUCCGACCAAGUCUCCUAUCAAAUUCGAUUUGAGAGCACAGCCUCUAGCAAAACCGCGAUCAAGUUCAUGACUGAUGGUAUUCUCAUUCGCGAGAUUGCCGAAGACUUCUCCCUCAGCAAGUAUUCAGUCAUCGUGAUUGAUGAAGCCCACGAACGGAGCGUCAACACCGAUAUUCUCAUUGGAAUGGUCAGCCGCAUUGUCGACUUGCGGAAGGCUAUGCAGGAGGAAGACCCGUCUGUCAAGCCUCUGAAGCUCGUGGUCAUGUCUGCCACCCUGCGCAUCUCUGAUUUCACGCAAAAUCCGAAUCUUUUCCGCCAAGGACCGCCACCCCUGGUUCAGGCGCAAGGUCGCCAGUACCCUGUCACCAUACACUUCUCCCGACGUACCCAUCGCGAUUAUGUCGAAGAGGCAUUCCGCAAGGUGUCGAGGGGUCACCGCAAGCUACCUCCGGGCGGAAUGCUUGUGUUCAUGACCGGACAGAAUGAGAUCCGUCAGCUGUCCAAGCGUUUGAAGCAGGCCUUCAAACCCACCCAGCGCGGCGAAGCUACUCAAGCCAAGGUCCAAAUCUCUGCCAACGAUGCACCCCUUGAGGCAGAGGAUCUCGAGAUCGGCGGUACCGACCUGUCACUUGCUGGCAACCAGGAAGAUGACGAGAGCGAUCUCGAAAUCACUGGGUUGGAUGAACCCGAGGAAGAUGAAGACGAGUUUGAUCUUGGUGAAGAGGCCAUGAGCUCGACGACUCGGGUCCACGUGCUCCCAUUGUACUCCCAGCUUCCUACCAAGGAGCAACUUAGGGUUUUCGAACCCCCGCCGGAAGGCUCCCGCCUUAUUGUCUUAGCCACCAACGUGGCUGAGACUAGUCUUACAAUCCCGGGCAUAAAGUACGUGUUUGACUGUGGUAGAGCAAAGGAGAAGCAGUACGAUCUUGCAACAGGCGUCCAGAAAUUCCAGAUUGAAUGGAUCAGCAAGGCCAGUGCCAAUCAGCGAGCUGGACGUGCUGGUAGAACUGGACCCGGUCAUUGCUACCGUCUAUACUCUUCGGCAAUCUACGAGAAUGAAUUCGCCGAAUACACCGACCCAGAGAUUCUGCGGACGCCGAUCGAGGGUGUCGUACUUCAGAUGAAGAGCAUGGGACUUCACAAUGUUAUCAACUUCCCAUUCCCGACACCACCCAGCCGUCAGGGUCUUGCCAAGGCUGAGAAACUUCUCAAGAACCUGGGCGCACUCACCUCCGAAGGCCAGAUCACCCCAAUAGGUAACCGCCUAUCUACGUAUCCUCUGUCUCCCAGAUUUGGCAAGAUGCUGUACGUUGGCCACCAGCACGGCUGUAUGCCGUACGUCAUCGCACUUGUUUCCGCCCUCGCAGUAGGCGAUCUGUUUGUUCCCGAGAACCAGAUCGAUCCUGUACCAGCCAACAAGGACGACAACGAGGGCAAGGGUGUAUACACGAACUCGGACCGUCUCGAAGACACCGCUCGGGAGCAGCGCCACAAGGACUACGCCCGGGUGCACCGUCUCUUCAGCAAGCACGAUGAUACUUCCGACGCGCUGAAGUACCUGUCGGCGAUUUGCGCCUACGGAUACGCCUCCGACGGAGAUUCGUUCUGUGAAAAGAUGUUCCUGCGCGCAAAGGCCUUCAAGGAAGCCACGCAGCUCCGUCGCCAGCUGACAGACAUCGUGCGCAGCAACAACCCGGGCCUGGUUCAGGCCUAUCAGGCACGCUUGCCCGAACCGACCGAAAAGCAGGUCAAGGCCAUCAAACAGAUCAUCACGGCUGGGUUCAUCGACAAUGUUGCUCUCCGCGCGGACCUUGCGCCCGUCCCGCCUGAGAUGCACCGUACCCCCAAGCGAGCUAUCGAUGUCCCCUACUUCACGCUGAUGCGGUCUCGUGACGGCCCCGGCUUGGAGCUUGACGAUAAGGCUGUCUAUGUGCACCCGUCGUCUGUCAUUGCGCAGCUCUCGGCUAAGGAAAUGCCCCAGUAUAUUGUGUACUCGCAUCUCCAGCAAUCGUCGCCCUCCAUUGUGUCUGCAGACCAGACGCCUAAGAUCCGGAUGUAUCCCCUCGCCACACCUAGCGGACUACAGCUCUCUGCGCUGGCACAUGGCACGCCGCUGAUCGAGUACGGCAAGCCCAUCGGCAAGACGGAGUUGAUCGAGGGUAUCCCUCAGCGGCGAUCAUGCUGGGUGAUCCCGUCUCUGGUGGGUGAGGCCGGCGGAUCACGGUGGCCGUUACCAGCCAAGAAGGUCAUCCAGAGGAAGGAUGCGAAGGAGGGAUGGGUGAUUGAAAAAUUUGUCGCAUAA